AUGCUCUACUCAACAACGGCUUGUCCCAUCGGGAAAUCGCUUGUCAAACGGGUCGCUCAAGACGAACUAUUGACCGUUAUGCAAGGAAUCCGCAAGAAUACGGCACAUCAAUACAUUCUGGACGGCACAGGCUGCUAUCGGUUCAAGCUGAACGAGACGUCUGUCGAAAAGCAUCAAACUCUACGAAGUCCGCCAACCAAAUCAGAUCCGAAAUUCCUGAAAACGUCUCGAAGGACACCAUCUUACGAACAAUUCAUCGGUCCGGUCGACUUGUGAAUACUCCAAUAAAGGCAGCACCACGUCUACAGCAACGCCAUAAGAAUGAACGGCUCCAGUUUGCACGCUCCAACAUGGCCACGGAAUGGAAUGAGGUAUCAAUUUUUUCUAUCACCUUAUGAUUCCCAGUUUUUCUGUUCAGAUCAUCUUCAGCGACGAGAAGAAAUUCAACUUUGAUGGGCCAGAUGGGUACGCUCACUACUGGAGAGAUUUGAGGAAAGAUCCGAUGUACUUCUCCAAGAAAAACUUCGGCGGCGGCAGUCUCAUGGUCUGGGCGGCUUUCUGCGGCAACGGGACGGUAGCUCUUUCUUUUAUUGAGACCAGAACGAAUUCGCAAGACUACCAGCAACUGCUUGCCCAGCAUCUCCUGCCCUAUCUCCGUCGCCGACGACGUGCUAUUAUGAUUUACCAACAAGACAAUGCAUCUGUUCACGCGAGCAACUCCACAUUGGCUUGGUUUGCGGCCAAUAACGUGGUUCUUCUGGACUAGGCCGCGUGCAGUCCUGACCUCAACCCUGUAGAGAAUUUAUGGUCAGUCCUGGUACGAAGGGUCUACGCGAAUGCCAAGCAGUAUACAACGGUCAACGAUCUGAAAAGAGCGAUUCGUGUCGAGUGGGAUGGUUUGGACAAGUCACUGCUGCAAUCACUCGUAUGGCAGCAUGCCGAACAGGAUUUUCGAAGUCGCUCAGAAACAAGGAGGCAUCACACAUUAUUAAUUAAAUUUUUUUAUACUUUGUUGACUUUGUGAAAUGAAUUUUUGUUGAUUACUUAUAGUGGGUCUAUAAUUCUGCGUCGGUCAAAAAAAUCAGAUUUUCUCGUAUCUUGAAAAAAACUUUUUCAACUGGAUGAUUGAUAAUUAUGAUAUGAUUAUGUUCCUUAUUAACAAGGUUUAUCACAAAAAAAGUUUGGUGGCUGAAAGUUUUUCAAUCUUUCUUAAAAUCGCAGAAAUUAGGGUGGGUCUAUAAUUAUGCGUCGCAGUGUACACUUCGAUCAACUAUUUGAUAGGAUGUAUUUGAGGCGGAGAAAAAAUGUUUCUAUCUAAGCUUUCAUGUUUCUAGAGAUCUAAAUCUUGUACCUUCUAAACAAACUAUCAAAGUUUUUGAGCAAGUUUCUCCAUUUAAUUUUAAAUAUCUUGGAUAUCCUGGCAAAAGUUUCGUAACAGAUCAGCUCUAACAGGGCUCUGAUAUUUUUCGAUAUUCAACUUCAAUGAAAUUUCUGACAAGGGAGGUGUAAAAAAACGCAAUUUGAAUUUGAUGAAACUUUGCUGAGAUGUACUUCCAGAUCUACUAAUUCGGGAACAAGAAAAAAAUUUUACGCCUCUUGCCUUUUAGCGGAGUUACGGUCGCUCAAAGUCUGCACGCAAGAAAUGGCUUCGCACGCAAGAGCUGAUAUCACUCGUGACGUUACCAUUGCUGCACCUGUCAGCGUGGUGUAG